GGUGGUAACACUGCUUCUUGAGUCGCUCCUCCACUUUUUUGGCAAAGAGGAGUUAAUCUUUGUUUUUGGACAAGAGGAGUUAGGAGUUAGAUUAGAAAGAACUAUACUUAACUAUAAACUUUACUGCAAAAUGCUGAAAAUUCUAACUAUAAUUUGUUUUCUCCUCGUAGGAGAUACUUAUGCUAAAAUAGCUAAUGCACGCCUAGAGAGUUGUCCUAGUUGUACAUUGAAUCGAAAACCAGAAGUGAGAGCAUUUGCGUAUGAAGAUUUGCCUAAAUAUGGGAUAGAAUUUAAAAAAAUUCAUGGGCAUUUACCAGAGUUAGUUUUUUUUGAUGAAAACGAUAAAGAAGUAGAAAGGCAUUCUUUAUCUGACCUCACCAGAAAGGAGUGUAAUGAUCUUUUGUUAUCACGGGGAUUCGCCCUGAAAAAUGAAGAUUUGUAGAAUUUCA